AUGGAAGGUGGUGGACCACCUCAGCCUGCGAACACCGAGAUGGUGGAGCAACCCGACCCUCAACAACCGCCGCCGCAAUUGGCAUUUGAGUUGGAGAAUAUUCCAGCAACUCUUAGCCACGACGGGAGGUUUGUUCGGUACAAUAUCUUCGGCAACAUUUUUGAGGUCACUGCUAAAUAUAAACCUCCUAUUAUGCCCAUUGGCAAGGGAGCUUAUGGCAUCGUUUGUUCUGCUUUGAAUUCCGAGACGAAUGAACAAGUUGCAUUGAAGAAGAUAACUAAUGCAUUUGAUAACGACAUUGAUGCAAAGAGAACCCUUCGUGAGAUCAAGUUGCUUCGUCACAUGGAUCACGAAAACGUAGUUGCAAUCAAGGAUAUAAUCCCACCACCCAAGAGAGAAUGCUUUAAUCAUGUUUACAUUGCAUAUGAGCUAUUGGACACCGAUCUGCAUCAGAUAAUCCGUUCUGAUCAAGCUUUAUCGGAAGAGCAUUGUCAGUAUUUCCUGUAUCAAAUCUUACGAGGGCUGAAGUAUAUACACUCCGCAAAUGUUCUGCACAGGGACUUAAAACCAAGCAACCUUCUCCUGAAUGCAAAUUGUGACUUGAAAAUAUGUGAUUUUGGACUGGCUCGUGUCUCCUCCGAAAGUGACUUUAUGACGGAAUAUGUUGUUACAAGAUGGUACCGUGCUCCAGAACUGCUGCUAAACUCUUCAGAAUAUUCUGCAGCCAUUGAUGUGUGGUCAGUGGGUUGCAUUUUUAUGGAAUUGAUGGAUCGCCAGCCAUUAUUUCCUGGAAGAGAUCAUGUGCAUCAGCUACGAUUGCUUAUAGAGCUGAUUGGCACCCCAUCAGAGGAUGAGUUGGGGUGUCUGAAUGAAAAUGCUAGGAGAUACAUCCAGCAACUUCCUGUUUAUCACCGACAAUCUUUCACUGAAAAGUUUCCUAUUGUCCACCCUUUAGCCAUUGAUCUUGUUGAAAAGAUGUUGACAUUUGAUCCCAGACUACGGAUCACCGUUGGGGAUGCACUUGCUCAUCCCUACCUAAGCUCACUGCACGACUUAAGUGAUGAACCCGAGUGCAUGACUCCGUUUACCUUCGACGUCGAUCAACACGCAUUAACAGAGGAACAGAUGAAGGAGCUAAUAUAUCAGGAGGCGCUUGCAUUCAACCCUGAAUUUCUGCAACAGUGAUAACACUUACGUGCCAUUUAUUCAUUGUGGCUUUUGAAUGCAGGAAGCUAAAACAGUUGUUUUACCCGAGUGUUUAAU